CAGAAGAAGAGGAGACGUGCUCUGAGCAACAGCUGAUUCAAAACAAAAGAUUUUCAAAGUAUUUGAAACUUCACGAAUCAUUUUUAAAAGAUCAUUAUUUACAUGUGAAGAGAUGGACUCAGACCAGCAGGAAGAACAGAAACCUGUAAAAAUUGAGUUUAUUGAAGAUUACAGUGAGAACAGGAGUGAUCCAGAUGAAGAACCCCUCAGAGUGAAGCUUGAAGACACUGAACAACAGAUAGACCUGAUUGUAGAGAUUAAGGAGAGUGAAGAACUGGAUGAAGCGGAGGAGGAACAUUGUGUCAAAACUGAAGAAAAAUCUUUUGAAAAUUGUUGCUCACAGACUGGAAGUAAACUUGUGCCGAGGAGACCGAUCAAAAAUUUCACUUGCUCUGAGUGUGGAAAAAACUUCCCAUACAAACAAAGUCUUAAACAUCACAUGACAGUUCAUAGCGGAGAGAAGCAGCACACAUGUGAUCAGUGUGGGAAGAGUUUCACAAAAAAUGGAUACCUUAAAGAUCACAUGAAAGUUCACACUGGAGAGAAACCACACACAUGUGAUCAAUGCGGGAAGAGUUUCACAUUAAAAUAUCUCCUUAACAGACACAUGAAAAUCCACACCGGAGAGAGGCACACAUGUGAUCAGUGCGGGAAGAGUUUCACAGUGAAAUAUCUCCUUAACAGACACAUGAAAAUCCAUACUGGGGAGAAACCACACACGUGUGAUCAGUGUGGAAAGAGUUUCACACUAAAAGGAGACCUUAAUAAUCACAUGAAAAUCCACACCGGAGAGAAGCCGUACACAUGUGAUCAGUGCGGGAACAGUUUUGCCCACAAAUUUCACCUAAAGAGACACAAGAUAAGCCACACUGAAGAGAAACCGUACACAUGUGAUCAGUGCGGGAAGAGUUACACAAUAAAAGCAACCCUUAAAGAUCACAUGACAAUCCACACCGGAGAGAAGCCGUACAUAUGUGAUCAGUGCGGGAAGAGUUUCAGAUUGGCAAGUUCUCUGAGAUUUCAUCUGCGUUUUCAUUCGGGAGAAAAACCAUUUAACUGUAAUCAGUGCGGUAAAAAAUUUACUUUGGCAGGUUCCCUGAAGGAUCACCUCCGCGUUCAUUCAAAGGAGAAGCCUCACGUGUGUUCUUUGUGUGGAGAGCAAUUUUCAUGGCUGAAUUGUUUAAAAGUACACAAGAUAAGACACAGUGGUGUGAAGAAUCAUGUGUGCUUGCUUUGUGGAAAAACAUAUUUUACAGAGGGUGAACUGAAGCAGCACCAGAAGGGAAGCUGCAUGCACAAAAAACUCCUUCUGCGUCCCAAUCCGCAUAAUAAUCGUCCUAAAUAGUAUUCAAAAAUAGAAUAAGUACGUGUGUUGAAAUGAGUGUUGGAAAGAGACCCGGUUGGUCUACUAUAUCCGGUGUGCAGAUCGAUGCACACUAUAAUGGCUGAUAUUGCCCACAACCCAUCGCGCGUUGGACAAGGAUUUGGUUGGAACUACAAACACGAAUGAAAAGUGUUUUAAAAAAAAAAAAAAAAAAAAAAACUACUACAAAUAUGGAGGACGCGCGAGUCAGGCGGUUGUGUAUAGAGGUUUAGAUAAAGGUUGUUUAAGUGAUUAUCAUUAUCUAAACUGACUAAAAUGUAUUUAUUUAAUGUUGGCUGCGUUAUAUUGCAUCUGUGAACUUUUGUAAAGAUAUGUUUAGAUUUAAAACAAGAUUAAAUGCAAUAUAUUUUCUCACAUGUA